AUGGCCGCGGGGGUGUUGCAGAGCGAGACACAAGCGGAGCUCGAAAGGGCCACGACAAACCUAGCCUCCAGCACGAUCGUUCGAGCCGAGAAAGGCACCGUUCUACCCAAGCUGAAGAUGAGGGCGAAGAAGUAA